GAACUCUGUCUCCCUGUCUCUCCCUCUCUCUUAUGGCUAAGCAGAGACCGGCGACGCUCUCAGUCUACCUCUACAUUCCCAAUAUCGUUGGGUACAUGAGAGUUCUCUUGAACUGCAUUGCCUUCUCUGUGUGCUUCUCCAACAAGACACUCUUCUCGCUCUUGUACUUUUUUAGUUUUUGUUGUGAUGCUGUCGAUGGAUGGUGCGCUCGUAAAUUCAACCAAGUCUCUACAUUUGGAGCUGUUCUCGACAUGGUUACAGAUAGAGUCAGCACUGCCUGUCUUCUCGUGAUCCUCUCCCAGAUAUACAGGCCUAGCUUGGUUUUCCUGUCAUUGCUCGCUCUAGAUAUCGCUAGUCACUGGCUCCAAAUGUACAGUACAUUUCUAUCAGGGAAGGCCAGCCACAAGGAUGUCAAAGAUAGCACGAACUGGCUCUUUAGACUCUACUAUGGAAACCGGAUGUUCAUGGGUUAUUGCUGUGUUUCCUGCGAGGUUAUUGGCUCAUUUUUCUCUGAGCUCAUUAACUUUUUCGAUGCAUUUCUAUUGGGAGAUAUGGUAAACACAGUUUUCUCAAAUGACUACAGGGUUCCAAAUGUUUUCAAACUUCAGGUGGUAGUGAAAUCAUUGAUGCAGAUUUCACCGCUCUCUUUACUCUUGGCUUUGAGCAUAUUUGGUUGGUCGAUCAAGCAGAUCAUCAAUGUGAUUCAGAUGAAAACGGCUGCAGAUGUUUGUGUCCUGUAUGACAUAGAGAAACAGCAUAAGAAGCCUUGACGUUAUGUGCCCAUGAAUCGUGUUGAACUCCUUUUGUUUCAUGUUGUGUACCACACUGUACAUACGGAUCCAUCUUGUUUAGUGGUGGAUGUAGAUAAAAUUCUUGUCUUUGA